AUGAGAAGCUGAUUGUACAGAAAGCGACACGAAACUGCUAGAUUUAUUUACAUUGCCGAGUGAUUCUUAUGUGCAGAAAAAGUAAAAAUAAAAAGAAAGUUAGUAAAGUGCGUGCAUAGGGUUAUUUCUUGAUGUGCGCCGGUUUCUAGUUCAAGAAUUUGGACGUGCGUACGUUUUAUUUGGCUACAGUACUCGAUGGUGCUUUUGGUAGCAUUUGCAACCAUUCGCGAUUGUGUAAUGUAUCUGAGGCGGAAUUCGGAUGAAGUUGCAUUUCACAGAAUCUGGUUUGUGGUCAAUAUUUUCUGGUUGACUAAAGAGAAACUGCUGUCGAUGCAACUCACAUUACUUUUCUGGACUGGAAUUUAUGGCCACAAAUUAGGUGAAAUAAGUGCAUCGUUCAGUUCAUUCAAUUCAGUGCCCGAAAAGGGUUUGCCGAAGUCGCUUGCGUCGCUUAGAUACCAGAUGUCACAGUCUCAGAGGCUACGUGAUGAUGAUAUAUUGGAAAUAUUAGAGGAAGAACAAGAUCAUUUUUCUACGGAAGAAUCAGCUUCUGAAGACGAAAUCGGCAAGAAUGUAGACGACGUACAAAGGAAAGAUGAGGGCAAGCUAUGUUACGGAAGAGGUACCUUUGCAUGGAUCAGCUCCCACGGAGGAACUUCCCAUAGCUGAAUUAGAUUCUGCUUCUUCCAACUUAGAGCGAAUAUAUUUUGUUCCUUUUAAUACUCUUUGCGACAAGAAUGAAUUAAUAUGAACUAAUAAAACUCAAUCAUCUCACAGA